CUCCCAGCAAUCGCUUCUUGCAAAACACGUAUCUGCCCUCGCAACCAUUGUUCAACCAAUUCGCCGUCGAACGGUCCAAGGCUGGUCGAGCACGAUGCAGUGGUACGCCUGGGCCUCAAUUCCGGUCCUGAUCUACGGGUUUUGGCUGUACACGUCGAUGGUCACGCAGAGAUUCCCGACCUUGCAGGGGAAGCGGAUACUGCUUCUCAUUGCGCAUCCCGACGACGAGGCCAUGUUCUUUGCGCCUACGCUGCUGGCUCUGUCAAGGCCGGAACUAGGAAAUCAUAUCAAGAUCCUAUGCUUGAGUAGUGGUGACGCCGAUGGACUGGGAGAGACGCGGAAGAAAGAGCUUGUCAAGAGUGGACUGCACCUUGGCCUUCGCUCGGAGGACGACAUCAUGGUCAUCGAAGAUCCUAACUUCCCAGAUUCUAUGACCACGACGUGGGAUGCCGUGCUCAUCACCAAACUGCUGACGUCGACGUUCGCUCCGACGAUGUCGAAGCUCUCGGCGAAAGAACGACCAAAGGCAAACAUCGACGUCCUCAUCACCUUUGACGCCGACGGAGUCUCUUCCCACCCGAACCACAAGUCCCUGUACCACGGCUGCGUCCACUUUCUGAGGUCCCUCAUGGUCGGCCGCAGCGGGUGGGACUGCCCCGUGACGUUGUACACCCUCGCCACCGUCCCCCUCGUCCGCAAGUACCUGGGCAUUUUUGACGCGCCCGCCACGCUCGUGUCCGCCGUCGUCGGUGAGAAAAAGGUAGGUGACAGGCCGACGCCUCUGCUCUUCGUCAGCAACAUUGCAGAUUGGCGAACGGCGCAAGGCGCCAUGACGACAGCUCACAAGAGCCAGAUGCGGUGGUUCCGCUGGGGCUGGAUUGGUUUAAGUCGGUAUAUGGUCAUCAAUAAUCUCUCCAGAGAAAAAAUAAGGUAACCAGCCUGCUAUGGUCGCUUACGGCUACUUGGGCUCAAUUACAUCGACCAUUUUGAUGCGUGGUCUCCAGCUGUUCGCCUUUUGUUUCUUCCCAUCUAUUAUUCCACUUCUGGCUCUUAACCUUCCUUGACCCAUAUUCCGUCACCCAAAAAUUAGAACACAGAAACCAGGGAAUUCGAGACAAGUCUUCGUGAAGCUGAAC